GUUGGUGCUAGUUUAUGAUUUUUUUUCCUGCCGACUUCCGGAACAGCUUUAUGGCUAAAUAACAUAAAGGUUAAACGUUUACACCGGGUGUAUUUACGGGUUAUAACGAAAAUCCCUCGGUGCUCGAAAUCAGUUAUCAAUACGCAGGACUGUCGCGUCUUCCGGUGUGUCUUGAGUCUAUUCUAGAUAACCGGCUAACAACAACUAGUUGUGGUAUGAUCUGUAUGUUAGCUAGCAAACUUCUCACAGAUGAAAGGAAAAAAUACCUAAAUGGAGUUUUAUUGUAUUUUAUUAUAUUUCUUUCUCUAGCUAAGCUGCAGUAAGAGUCAGUCUUGGUGAAUUAGUUAGCAAGUGUGCAUCUCGGCUGGUGUUAUUUCGGUUCAUUGGGAGGCAGCCAUGGAUCCAGUGGCGCACCUGAGGAUGUUCCGGAUGAGCUUGUGAGCUCUGGGGGUUUGAUUUCUUCUUCUUAUUUAUUGAUUUUUUUAAUGGGAGCCGCCUGGUGGCGUUUUUGCCAGAGCUGUGGGCGAUACUCUCGCAGACGGAAGAAGAACCGGCGGCCUGAAUGGAGUCGUUGGCAGGUUACGUUUAUAAAGCGGCCAGUGAAGGCAGAGUCCUGACCCUCGCUGCCCUAUUACUCAACCAUACUGCUGCUGAGACUCGGUACCUGUUAAACUACAUCACACAGUUGGCUGGCCAACGCUCGACCCCUCUGAUCAUAGCAGCACGGAAUGGCCACGACAAAGUGGUCCGCCUUCUUCUGGAUCACUACCGAGUGGACACCGAACAGACCGGGACGGUCAGGUUUGACGGGUACGUGAUCGACGGAGCUACGGCGCUCUGGUGCGCGGCAGGCGCCGGCCACUUCGAGGUCGUGCGUCUCCUCGUGUCUCACAAUGCCAACGUCAACCACACCACCCUGACCAAUUCCACCCCUCUCAGGGCGGCUUGCUUCGACGGGCGGCUGGACAUCGUGCGCUACCUGGUGGAGCAUGACGCCGACAUCAGCAUUGCCAACAAAUACGACAACACCUGCCUGAUGAUAGCUGCUUACAAGGGACACGUAGACGUGGUGCGAUUUUUGCUAGAGCGGAGCACCGACCCGAACGCAAAGGCCCAUUGCGGCGCCACGGCGCUGCACUUCGCCGCUGAGGCGGGCCAUCUGGAGAUCGUGAAGGAGCUGGUGCGCUGUCAGGCAGCCAUGGUGGUGAACGGACACGGAAUGACACCGCUCAAAGUGGCGGCGGAAAGCUGCAAGGCGGACGUCGUGGAACUGCUUCUCUCGCAUGCCGAUUGCGACCCUCUCAGCCGGAUCGAAGCUUUAGAACUGCUCGGAGCUUCGUUCGCUAAUGACCGCGAGAAUUAUGACAUCCUUAAAACGUACCAUUACUUGUAUCUGGCCAUGCUGGAGCGCUACCGCGACCCUGAGAGGAUUAUUGCCAAACAGCUCCCGCCACCCAUAGAAGCUUACGGCGGUCGCAUGGAGUGUAGGACCCCUCAGGAUCUGGAAGCCAUCAGGCAGGACCGCGACGCGAUGCACAUGGAAGGUCUGAUGGUCCGUGAGCGCAUCUUGGGAUCGGACAACGUCGAUGUUUCGCAUCCCAUCAUAUACCGCGGUGCCGUCUAUGCUGACAACAUGGAGUUCGAGCAAUGCAUUAAGCUGUGGCUACAUGCUCUGCACCUGCGCCAGCGAAGCAACCGCAACACACACAAGGACCUUUUGCGUUUUGCACAAGUUUUUUCACAGAUGGUGCACCUGAAGGAGCCAGUUCUGGCAGUUGACGUUGAGCAGGUGUUGUGCUGCAGCGUCUUGGAGAUCCGUCGCAGCAUGGCGCGCUUGGAACCCGCCUCCGAGGCCGAGCGUCCGGCUUGCACGGACAACUACGAGUCCAACAUUUUUACUUUUUUGUACCUGGUGUGCAUCUCCACCAAGACGCAGUGCGACGGCGAGGACCGCGCGCGCAUUAACAAGCAGAUUUACGACGUGAUUCGACUCGACCCGCGCACCCGAGAAGGCUCGACGCUGCUCCACCUGGCCGCCAGCUCCAGCACUCCCGUGGACGAUUUCCACACGAACGACGUGUGCAGCUUCCCCAACGCACAAGUCACCAAGAUACUGCUGGACUGCGGGGCGCAGGUGAACUGCGUGGACAAUGAAGGAAACAGCCCCCUGCAUCUCAUAGUGCAGUACAAUCGGCCCAUCAGCGACUUCCUCACUCUGCAUGCCAUCAUCAUCAGCCUGGUGGAGGCUGGCGCUCACACAGACAUGACCAACAAGCAGAAGAAGACACCACUGGAGAAGAGCACCACGGGGGUCUCGGAGAUCCUCCUAAAAACGCAAAUGAAAAUGAGUCUAAAGUGCCUGGCUGCUCGGGCCGUCCGACAGCAUCGCAUCCUCUACCGAGAUCAGAUUCCUAAAAGCCUGGAGGAGUUUGUUGAGUUUCACUAACCGAUAUUUAAUUUUUUUUUUUUUUUAUCCGAUCUGAUGGUGCUGGGAAUUCAUGAUUACAUUUUUAAAACUCUUUCCCAAUUUUGUUCAAAGUGCUAGUCACAUGUGCAAAUCAAUUUUACCCUUUGAUGUACAAAUUUGUCCGAACUGAUCGAAGAUUUUCAAAGACAAAUCUUUUUUUCCAUUUAAAAAACAAAACAAAAACAAAGGCAUGAUGUACUGGUGUGAUGAUCUUUUUUUUUUUUUUUUUUAGGUUGGCUAUUGUUUACACUCACUCCAUACAGAAGAAUGUGAUGUGAUCUACACUAUUGAAACUCAUCAGUUGUUUUUUGGGGCCAUAAGUAACUGAACUGAAACGGUCAUGAUUAAUUUUACGUGAAUUACCAAAAAAAAAAAAAAAAUCCUCUGCUUUUUACUGACUGCACUUUGCGUAGGAUCGUUGUUUUAUUAAUGUAUUUUAUUAAAAAGGUCUAUUUUCUAAGGAAUCUUUAGCAGAGGAAGAGUGUACUACUAAAUUCUAACCCCUUUUUUUGCCAGGUUCUACCCAGAUUCCUUUUAUAAAUACACUAAGCUGUGCCUGUGAGAAGUUCUGUCAAUUUUUUUUUAUUUGUUCCUCCUAAUCGUGCCAUAGUAAAGACAUUUGAUAUUUGCGUGACCGUGUGCCUUGUGUGGCCUUAUUCUGGAUAGUGCUUGAAUCUUUUUGCUGAGAAUGUUGCAUGUGGCUGUCUGUGUCAGGAAAAGGCAAAGUCAGCAGCUUUGACUUGAGAGCAUUUGUUUUCUGGUCUUUGAGAACCGGUGAUUGUAACGAUUUUUUUUUUAUUAUUUAAUCCGUUGAAUCGAUAACAAUUCGACAUUAAAUGUUUUGUCAUCUCUGCUUUA